UUGGAGCAAUUAUUCUCCCCACCGUCGGUCUCCUCAUCAUGUCUGACGUGUGAUUCCGGCGCCCUCCAGUCACCUCUCGUCGGUGGCCGGGUCGCCCCACCCUCCUCCUCCCGGCGGCUCCCCGUUCGUCGUAGAUACCUCCCCUCCUCAACUUAACCGGAGGCACGCCGCCGCCACGAACCCUCCCCUCCUAGUCGCCAUCGUCAUCCUCUCUUCUCCACUUGACCAGAGGUGGGGUGGGGAUCCACACGGACCAUGCUGGUUUCUUCUUUCCUUGGUAAGGAAUCCUUGCUUGCUUAGACGGAUUCUUGUUCUAGGAGUUUCGUUCUUGGGGUUGCUCUGAGCAAUCAAAUCCCAAUGUUUCUUCCUUUUCAUCCAGGUAGUAGCGGAUUUGGUUGCUGCGUGCUACCAUUCUGAUCUAAAUAUCUAAUCCAUCGAGCCAUUCAUUGUUCUGGUUCUACUACUAAUUCCUCUUCAGCGCGCGCAAGAUCGAUCUCAAUUGAUCCUAUAGCUCGUACCAGGGUCCCUUUUAUCCCAAACUAGUACCACUAAUAAUAACAGCUAAUUUUUUCAACAAGAUUGGGGGUUCAGUUACUGAAGCCCCAUGCCACACUAAUAACAGUUCAACCGUGCUCUGAACUGGGCUCAAGGUUCAAGAACCAUCAUCUCCAAUGGAUGAUGCGGCAGGGGACAUCAUUGCAUCUCUCGGCCGUGUACGCCUAGUUGAUCUUGCGGCCUUCGAGGGCCUCCCUUCUGACAGCUACAGGAUAUGUGUAUCGACUCUGACGCAGUCGCUGGCUCAGUAUUCGGCAGCCAUCAUUCAGCUGCCUCCGGCUGAAGGUGCCUUGAUAAGGUCCGGCUUGGACUCUGCUCGUCUUUACUUCCAUCAGCGGGGGUACAGUUCAGGCGAGGUUGUCCACUCAGAUGAUGCUCGUGAAUGGUGCAAGACCUCUGGUUAUUACGUGGAUCCUCAAUUGUGUCUGGAAAUGUAUGAUUACAGGCCUGGUAUUACUGUGACAGAGCCCAGUGGUGUGAUGGAAUUGCCUCCGUCGGGUUUGCCUGAUAUAUUUUCAGUGCUCGGGAAAGUUUCUCGAGAUAUCCUGGACGCAGUUAGUUUCUCGUUGAAUUUACGGAGCUGUGCGUUUACUGAGAUACUCGACAACAUACCCUUAAGAAGCCAGGAGGUAUCAUCUUCUGUUCUUUCAGCAUGUUGCCAUUCAAGACCAUCAUUUGAAGGAGCACAGCAGCAUAACAUUGCUUCUCAAGAUGAUGGGCAAUUGCUCAUGUUUUCUGAGCAGGAGCAACAUAUUGAUAAGACUUUGCUUACCCUUGUUAAGUCGGAUAAAUCAGGCCUAUAUAUCAAGGACUUGCAUGGGCAUUGGAUUCUUGUCGAUGGGGAUCUUGGUCCACAUGAUGUUGUUGUCUAUCCUGGUCUUGCGCUUUAUCAGGAAACUGCUGGCUAUGUAAAUCCAGCAGUACACAAGACAGAGGUUGGAAACUUGCAAGCAUGUAUGUUUGGGCGAUAUUCUUUGGUCUUCAAGCUCAUGCCUAGAUCAGUUGCUAGGCUGAGUGGUUCAGAGAUGAGAGCUGCUGGCCAUGGCGUUGAUGCUCAGUUUCAGAUCCCCAUACCAGUUAAUGAUUUUAUGCAGACAGAUCAUUCUGCUAAUCAACUUUUUCCAAAGAACACUGAGCCAUCAUCACAUGCAGAACAGGAUUCAGCAUCAUUUGACUCUGUGAUGAAUAAAAAGAAAGGAAGUACAAGAACAAAGCCACUCCCUCCUUCUAAAAGACUUCGCCUAGAGGCGCAGAGGGUGCUCAAGGAGCGUGUCCAGGACAUUGCAGACAAGAAAGGCAUCAAGCUGAGAUUUUGCAGUCUCAAAGAAUGUGAGAGCCACAUCCGGUCAUUGGACAGUCCGUGCAAGAACAUCAGAAUUGAAAUUGGAUGGCCACAAGGGGUUCCAUUUGUCCAUCCACAUGACCUCCCGAACAAGGCAAAGCUUGGGUUUCUAGAAGCUUAUGAACCUGGGUGGACUGCCUCCCAGCACGAAAUAGAGAGCCAGCCUCAGUAAAUUUUGAUGUAUUACCAACCUUGGAUAUGUUUUGAAUUGCCAAGGCUGGUCAGCAAUCUCAUCCCGUCUACAUGUUGAGGAAGUAGCAAUGUAUACUGAGUUUACUGACACCAAAUGACGUGGAUACAUACCUGUAGUGCUCAGAAUGUGUAAAUGCAAUUGCCUACUAUUUAGAUUGUAAAUGGGGCCUGGUAAUUCCCAAGUUCCAAGUUGCAAUAAUUUCUUCUUUGCUGUUCAUGGUUUUUUCCUGAAUGACAAGAAGAGUAACAUGAAUUGGACUAUCUAGGAAGAUUUUCACAGGUUAGCCUGCAAUUGAGAAUGACCCAAAGUUGAAAAUUGCUUGUAAAUCAACUUUAUUUUUACCAUUUGGUUUCUAGA